GGUUGUCUCGUACAGUUUACGGCGGUUCGUAACCGCCAUCUUGGAUCGAGGAGGAUUUAAACCCCCCCCCCCUCCCGAAAAGGAAAGAAAAGAAACUGCUAUAGCUUUUUUUUUUUUUUUUUUUUGGUGGCAUUUCACUGAUUUUGCUGCAGGUGAUGAAAAAACUAACGGAAAAGUCGAGGCCGUGAAAACGCGUCGUCGGCAAACUCGCAUUAAAGUCGUCCUAAGAUUGGGGAAAUUCCUUCCAGAUACCCGAGGAGUUGUUUGUGUGCAGUUCGGACACAUGGCCUCGUCUAAUCCAGCUGCAGAUAUGACAGAUAUGACAGACGUACCAUCUCUCACCAUGGGAAAUGCUUCUGGUAACCAGGCGGGCAGUGGAACAGCAGUCCAGAAAGGGACCAAGAGACGCACUAGCCCUGACUUUGAUGAAGAUGAAGGAAAUAAACUCUUCAGAUGUGAUGACGACACUGGAGGCUCCAAUGACAAAGAGCGCUUUGCCAGAGAAAACCAUAGUGAGAUUGAGCGCCGUCGACGCAACAAGAUGACGGCUUACAUCACAGAGCUGUCCGACAUGGUGCCCUCAUGCAGUGCCCUGGCUCGCAAGCCUGACAAGCUGACCAUCCUGCGCAUGGCUGUCUCCCACAUGAAGACCCUGCGCGGCAAUGGGAAUACUGGGCCAGAUGGCAGUUACAAACCCUCCUUCCUUACUGAUCAGGAGCUGAAGCACCUUAUCCUAGAAGCAGCGGAUGGCUUCCUCUUCGUAGUGUCAUGCGAGUCCGGACGAGUAGUCUACGUGUCAGACUCGGUUACCCCGGUCCUGAACCAGGCCCAGUCAGAGUGGUUAGGCAGCUCCCUGUAUGACCAGCUGCACCCUGAUGACACUGACAAGCUGAGGGAGCAGUUGUCCACCACUGAGGGCAACACUGGUGGCCGUAUGCUGGAUCUGAAGACGGGAACAGUGAAGAAGGAGAGUCAGCAGUCCUCCGUCAGAAUGUGCAUGGGGUCUCGCAGGUCGUUCAUCUGCAGGAUGAGGUGUGGGGUGACUCCAGUGGAGCCCUCAUCCAUGAACAGACUCAGUUACAUGAGGAACCGCAGCAGGAGCGGACUGGGCCCAGUGAAGGAUGGGGAGCCACAGUAUGCCGUAGUCCAUUGUACAGGCUACAUCAAGUCCUGGCCACCUGCAGGUGUGUCUCUGUCAGACGAAGAGACAGACAACAGCCAAGGAAGCCGCUUCUGUCUGGUUGCAAUUGGCAGGUUACAGGUUACCUGCUCCCCUGGUAACAAGGAUAUGGACAGCUUCAACAUUCCUGUGGAAUUCAUCUCUCGUCACAACUGCCAUGGUGUUUUCACUUUUGUGGACCACCGCUGUUUCGCCACAGUUGGCUACCAGCCACAGGAGCUGCUGGGGAAGGAAAUCUUCGAACUGGCACACCCAGAGGACCAGGGUCUGUUGAGAGACAGCUUCCAGCAGGUAGUAAAGCUCAAGGGACAAGUGCUGUCCGUCAUGUUUCGGUUCCGGUCAAAGUCUCGCGAAUGGAUCUGGAUGCGCACCAGCUCUUUCACCUUCCAGAACCCAUUCUCUGAGGAGAUAGAGUACAUCAUCUGCACAAAUACCAAUGUCAGUAGACCUCCACCUCAAGACUCCCUCACUCCCCUCUCCUCCCCGGGCAUGGCACUGCCCCCCUCGCAGGGGCAGAACAGCCCUAACUGUCCCCUGGCUAUGAGCCCGGGGCAAGUAACAUCCAGGCAGCUCCAACAGCAACAGGCAGAGGGGAGUGCCAAACGAGAUGGCUUCUAUGAACCAAGCCAGGUGACCCUGCCACAGGUGCCAGCCCAGGCUGUGACAGCUGCAGGACCAGACCACAAUAAAUCCAUCGAUAAGGGGGAGCUUUAUACACCAGACAGAGAUGCACACUACCCUGAAGUCUUCGCAGCUGACCAGCCCAAGGUCCUCUCAACCAGUUCUGCUCAGCAGAUUUACACCCCCGGAAACUCAAACUCAUAUGCAACUACACGCGCAAGUGACUCUUUCAGGUCCAUGGGAAUGACCCAGCAUUUAGUGCAGCCCUCACCAUCAGCUGGGCAGAUGCUGGCCCAGAUCUCUCGGCAAAAUGCCCCCAACCCUAGUUGCCCUUCUGGAGUUGCCCCCAGUAAUAACAGUCCUGUUCAGGCCCAGGCUGGGGUGACGGGAGGGACAGGUGCAUGGUCAGGAGUCAGACCACCAUUCAGCACACAGGUUAGCCCACAGUCAGGAAAGAUUCAGCCUCCCCAGUUUGCAUUGGGUGGGUUUCCACCGGCGGCUUCCUCCUCCUUUAAUGCAGUACCGAACACUGCUGCCCCAACCCCAUCAAGCAGCACAAACUUCCCCCCUCUCAACUCUUGCACUAACCCUUCGGGCAACAGUUAUGCAGAUGGAAACCAGUCAGCUCCUCAGUUCCCCUCUAGAGCUUCAGAGGCAGUGUGGCCUCAGUGGCAGAGCCAGGCACAAGCUCAAAGCACAGCAGAAACCCAUCCUCACUCUCAGGCAAACCAGCCUGAGAUGUUUCCCGAUGUUCUCUCUAUACUGGAUCAGUCGCCCAACUUCAACAGUGACGACUUUGCGGAGAUCCCAAUUUUUCCUCCGUUCAAUGAGUGAAAUGAGGUUGAAUGUGUUCCCUCUUUCUCCGUAUGUCUCUUACACUUUAAGGCCUUUGCUCUUUGUGUUUUCCAGCUUUUAUUCAGUUUAAAUUUGCACUACCAACCAGGGAGCUAUUUGAGAGAUUUUGUAGUAUGAGAGAAAUGAAAGAGAGCAUUUGAGCUGAAGAAUGAGAGGAAUGAUUGCAAAGGUGGAGGCAAGGAUAGGAGAAUAGCUGAUUGUUCAGAGAGCUAAAAUGGAGAUUGCGUGCAAGAAUGACAAAUGGCCUACAGAGUGAAGACAUGAUUAGAGAAGUGGUUAUAAUAACUACACUGCCAGCUAGAACUGCCCAAAGCUGAAAUGUGUGAGGUUGUAAAGAUUUAGUACAGUUGCACCCCUUGCAUAUAAGAUGGAAGCGUGGCUUCUGGUGUCAGCAGUGAUGUGGAGGAAAUUUUGAGGAAGCAUAGUAGCACAACCUGGACACAAUGUCCCACACAAAGGAGUGUAGGCACACUACAGCCGUAUCAGCGUUAGCAGGGACAUUUGCAAGCAGCUGAUCCACUUUUGAUUUUCCCCGUAUAGUUAUAAGACAUAUCUGGUGGUAGCAGAUAAUGUCCAUAACUUUAAAACUGGCAGACUUAAGAUUAUUCGAGUCAUUUUUCAAAAGUAUGUUUUCCUCUUUGCGUGGUUUACAAAUCCACCUAAUUGUUGCCAAUUCAAGUUGUCACACUACAACCAAGUGCUGAAUUUGCUUGAGUUACUGCCAACUUAGCUCCACAUGUAGUGUUAAUAUGCACAGCUGAGAUUCUCCAAGCUCAGCACUUAAUUCCCCCAAAGACUGCAAUGCCAUCGUUGUGUGGGUUCAUGACACCAUUAGCAGCAGUAGAAGUGAACGGUGCAAUAAUUACUGGAGAUUGCCAGUACUUCUCACUCCUGAAACAUGAAUAAAACUAGACCCCUAAUCCCACUGCAGCUUCUCAGGAUACUGACCAGCAACCAAUGAGCAACAAGAGGGCCUGAGCAAGCCCCUCCUUCCCUUUCCCCACAUCCUCAGUCCAUUGUCCUCCAGUCUCGUUCCAUGAUUAUAGCACAAUUGCACAAAAAUCUGUUUAAUGUGUGUUUGAAUUGUGGGUGGAAAUGUUACGUCACACAUUUUAUGAAUCAUUGGUUUCUUGUGAUGAGCAGUUUCAACCUAGCAGUAUUUUCAGUAACUGGUUUAUACAAGGUUGGAUUUGAAAUUGUGAACAGUCAGUUGGGUCAAUACAGGGUUUAAAAAAAAAAAAAAAAA